AAGCAGAGAGAAAGAGAAGACAGACAGAAGGCGGCCCUGUUCCAGAAGCCCCAAGGCCAAGCCGAUCGAAGGACGACCUGCCCUCGCCGGCCAGCGAGAUUUAAAACCAGAAAGGACUCCACCUGACAAGGAGACCCCUCGGCUCCAAAGCCAGCCGCGCAACUUUUGCCGAUUCCCUUGCGCCGAAAAGUUACAAGAAACAGGAGGAUGGCAGUCCGCACCCUCGCCUGGGUUUUCCUCGCCGCUCUGCUUAGCUGGGAAGCGGCCGGUCAGGAGUGCAGCGGGAAGUGCCAGUGCGGCUCCGCGCCCCCCGAGUGCCCGCCCGGGGUAAGCCUGGUACUGGACGGCUGUGGAUGCUGCCGCGUCUGCGCCAAGCAACUAGGCGAGCUUUGCACCGAGCGGGAUCCCUGCGAUCCUCACAAAGGGCUGUUCUGCGACUACGGCUCCCCGGCUAACCGCAAGAUCGGAGUAUGCACCGCAAAGGAUGGUGCUCCAUGCAUAUUUGGAGGUAUGGUGUAUCGGAGUGGUGAGUCCUUCCAGAGUAGCUGCAAAUACCAGUGCACCUGCUUGGAUGGAGCUGUAGGCUGUGUGCCUCUCUGCAGCAUGGAUGUUCGUCUGCCCAGUCCAGACUGCCCUUACCCACGAAGAGUGAAGCUCCCAGGAAAAUGCUGCGAGGAGUGGGUGUGUGAUGAGCCCAAAGACAAAGAACGCACUGCAGUUGGACCUGCUCUUGCCGCUUACAGACUAGAAGACACCUAUGGACCUGACCCAUCACUGAUGCGUGCAAAUUGUUUGGUUCAGACCACUGAAUGGAGUGCCUGCUCAAAAACUUGUGGAAUGGGAAUCUCGACCAGGGUCACCAAUGACAAUGCCCACUGCAGGCUGGAGAAACAAAGCAGACUUUGCAUGGUGAGACCUUGCGAAGCAGACCUUGAGGAGAGCAUCAAGAAAGGUAAAAAAUGCAUUCGUACACCCAAGAUCUCUAAGCCUAUCAAAUUUGAGCUGUCUGGCUGUACCAGUGUAAAGACCUACCGAGCCAAAUUUUGUGGUGUCUGCACCGAUGGGCGUUGUUGCACCCCCCACAGAACAGCCACUCUCCCUGUGGAAUUCAAAUGUCCUGAUGGUGAGGUCAUCAAGAAGAGCAUGAUGUUUAUCAAGACUUGUGCCUGCCACUAUAACUGUCCUGGAGAGAAUGAUAUCUUUGAGUCAGUGUACUACCGGAAGAUGUAUGGAGACAUGGCAUAAAGCCCCACGAGAGAUUUUUGAACUUGACCCUCAACUUGAACUGAUAAUGGCAUCUCAUUUUGUUAAACAUGAUUCAAUGGCACAAGUGAUUUAAAUGUCUGGGUUAAAAAAAUGACAAAUUCCAUGUGACUUUAAGGUAGAAUUGUCUACAGACCCCAAACAUUGGUUUGAAGGAAGAAUAAUAAUAAGGUGAUGGUGAAUAGUGAGGAAUGAUAGUUAAUUUGUGCAUCAGAUUAGAGUGUAUUAGGGAGAGGGAUAAAUAUCUAUUAAUUAAGGGACAUAGGCAGUCUUAAGAAACAUUUUCAAUAUGUGGUAGCAUGUGUCCCAUUUAAUUGUGCAAUCAAAAAAGACUCCUUAGCAAGGUUAUUGGCACUGGUUUUUGUGACAGUAACAGCUGGACUGGACAUUUUCAUCCAGCAAGGUGCUAAGUAAUUGUGUUAUUUGAGAAUGGCGGUAAUUCUGCCUUUGAAGUUCUGAUUCAGAGGAUUUGCUCAAAAAGAAUCAGAAUUAGACUGGACAGCUUGUGGCAAUAAUUUGCUUGUCAUGGGCAAGAUUUUUCUAAAAUGAUAGUGUAACAGUGUAAAUACUGUGUGUGUUUAUGUGUGUGUGUUUAUAUGUGUGUGUGUAUAUAUAUAUAUUGUACAGUUAUCUAACUUAAUUUAAAGUUGUGUUGCCUUUUUUUGUUAAUGCUUUGAUACAUCAGUGUUAGCCUCUUUACGAUUCAAAGCUUGUCUGAUCCAAUGCAUUCAUUCAGCUCAUAAAAUAGAGUCUGUAAUGGUAGUUUUGUUGAGUUAGUAGGGGAAAAAAUUAACUGAAUUGGUGCUUUGAUGAAGAUGCACCAGUGUCCUUUCAAAUCAUUUCAUCAAACUAACAACAAGGGGAGGAAAACACAUUUAUCUCUGUUUUAAUUAGUAUUCCCUGAAAUAAAAUGAAUGCUGUCAAAUCUUUCCACCUGGGAACAGUUUGUUACUUAUUGAGAAGUGUGACCAAAAGAUACAUGUUUGCACCUUUUUAGAUGAAAAAUAAAGUAUUUUAUUUUUUAUAUAAA